AGGAGUAGGCAAAGAUUUCAAUUUAUUGCUUAAUUUUGAGAAAAAAAUGGUUGAAUUUGUUAAUGAAAUAGUACUUAGUGUUAAUUUAUACCUAGAAUUCUGGAAUAAACUACAAGAAGAGUAACCUGAUAUAAGAAAACUACUAAUAUUAGGCUCUAAAAUAAAUAAAAUGGUUGGAAAAGUGAAAUAGUUAUACUCUGAACUAGAAGAAAUGAACCAAAAUAACAUAAAAAUAUUAAACUGCUACUAUUUUUUUCUAAAAGAAAUCGUAAAUAACAAUACUGAAGGAAAUCGAAUUUUAGAAAAAAUUGAAUAUGUGUAAAAAAAUUCUUAAAUAAAUAAAUAAUUUUCAGAAAAAAAAAUUAAAUAUGAUCAAAAUACUUCAAUAAUACAAAUAAGCGGAAAUAUAAAUACACUAGGUUAAAUAACAAAUACAAAUAACGAAACUUCUAAGCUUUUAGGCUUUUCUAAAAACGAGCUUUUGGAGUAAAAUAUAUAGAAAAUAAUGCCUAAAAUAUACGGUGAUUUCCAUAAUAGUUUCAUAUUAUAAUAUUUAAAUACUUCUGUUUCUAAAAUAAUGGGAAAAGAAGAUAGAAUAGUAAUGUUUCUAGAUAAAAAAGGGUAUAUCAUUCCUUGUAUUUUAAUGGUAAAAGUACUUCCUAAUUUAAAUGAAGGGAUAUAGAUUGUGGGUUUUUUCAAAGAUAUUUAAUAGGAGAAAAUUAAUAAUUAAGAAAAUUAAUAUAAUAUGCAUUAUAUUAUAUAUAGGAAUGAUAAUUUGUAAAUUUAAGCAAUUUCAGAAAGCGUGUUUGAUGAUUUUGGUAUACCUUCAUAUUUAAUGUAUGGGAAUUCGCAGAAUGUACCCGAGUUUGGAAUUGAUUAGAUAAUCUCUGGAAUAUUAAAUUAAGAUUUAUUGGAAGAUUAGAUGAUUAAUUAAGGAGUUUUAUUGCAAAUAAAUACUGUUUUUAUGCAAAAAAACUUCCUUUUAGAAGAUGUAGAGGGUAGUGAUUAAAAUAGUGUAAAUUAAGGGAAAACCAGCAAAUAUAAAGUUAGUAAUGUGAAUGUUUUUUUACAUGAUUAUUAAUAUUUAGGGGACGAUAUAUCAGUUUCUGUGAUUAAAUUUUAGGAAGUUUUUUAAUAAAAAUAAGAAUAGUAAAAAUAAAAUGGUUCUAAUACAUAAU